AUGGCAACAAGUGGACGUACCGUAACACUGCAAAGUAGCGAUUUGAUGCAAUUUGUAGUAGACCGAGAGAUUGCGAAGAACUCUGGAGUAGUCAAGAACCUUUUGGAGGAUUUCAGUGAAGAUAACCCAACGAUCCCAUUCAUGAACGUCCGAGGGAAAAUACUCGAGAAGGUCAUUGAGUUCAUGACAUACCAUCACAAUCACUCAUUUUUACUUGGAGAUGACAAGGAGAAGGAUUCGACUGCUAUUGAGCCAUGGGACAAAAACUUCUGUAACGUCGACCAAGCGACUCUCUUUGAAUUGCUCCAAGCAGCUAACUUCAUGGACGUCAAAGGGUUGUUGGACGUCACUUGCAAGACUGUUGCGAAUAUGAUCAGAGGGAAAACACCGGAAGAGAUCCGAAAAACAUUUGGUAUUGUCAACGACUUCACUCCAGAAGAGGAGGAACAAAUCAGAAAGGAAAACUUGUGGUGCGAGGAGCUUAAGUAA